CAGCCAAACAUGAGCGAAAAAGUGCACAUCGAAUACGCGGACGAACAUGAAUUGAUACGGGAAUUCCGUCGCUUUAUGAGCGACCCGGACACGAGGGAAAAGGCUGCCAACUACCUCUACGAAUCGCUAGUGGACGAAACCGUGCUGGGCGUUGUGUACGAGGUGCAUCACGCGUACAAGACGGGCUCGGGGGCCGCCGUGGAUGGUGUGCCGGAGGACACCAAACCCUACACGAUAGUCGACUUACCGGACAUGGAUGUGUUUGGGUCUUCCUACACGAAAAAAGGCAUUGAAUGCAUCUGUCCGAACUGCAACCGGCCCGUGGCUGCGGGCCGAUUUGCGCCCCAUCUGGAAAAGUGCAUGGGAAUGGGGCGAAACUCGUCACGAAUCGCCAGCAGACGGAUAGCGAACACAAGGGACGCCGGCAGUGGUAAUUACUUCGGGGGAGAGGAAGACGAUGAGGACGACGCCGACUGGUCGGGAGAGAAGCGGAAGAAGAAAAUCUCCCAGGUUCGAACUAAUGGAAGUAAAAAGAAUGGAAAAACCUCAUGAAAGUAGGCUGGCUCGCGAGGUUGCCUGGGAAACUGCACGUCGCAAGCGAACUAACUCACGAAGGGUCGAAUGAGGAGGGGCCGGACUGAUGGUAACGGUCGAUGGAAGGAAGGUGCCGUUGGUCAGAUUUGACCGCACGGAGACUCUCACAAGUAUUUGAACAAAUUGAACCUAAACGAAUAGUAAGCGAAGGGAGGGAGCGAUUGUAGGUAGUUUGGUAGCAAUUUUAAUGAGCAAAAGCAUUCCUGACACGAGGAAGCUUCUGACGGGCAACGAGUACGACAGAACAGCUUAACCACCCAACAUAUAACUGUGUAUUGCCAAGCAGAUCAAGCAUUUCUUGUACCCUGGGCUUGCAUCCCAAAAAUUAAACUACAAACUGACGCUAAAGAUGAUACGGCAGGGAACAAAGAGAGGAAAAGAAUACUAUUACUUCCAUAAUAUAUUUGUGUAAACCUAGAUACUCUUAGCGCUAC